AUGUUGGCUGGUUGCUCCUUCUCGUCGUCGAGGCAUCAGAUGAGCACCGCGCAGCGAUUCGAAUCCUCCCCUGCGGCUUCUCCAAGCGGAGCAACCGCGGCGACGGCGCCGCCGCCCCGCGCGUCGCGGCCGGAGACGCCAGGACCGCCACCGCCACAUGCUCCUUUCGCGCCCAUCUGGCGCCGCCGGUCACCCAGGCGGUGUCAUGGUGCACCAAGCCGGAGCCCGACGGCAAUGGCGCCAGCGGCGUCUGGGAGCGGAGCAGCAGAGCCGUCAAGCGGGCCCACGAGAAGGGCGCCGGCGAGGAGUAUGGAGGGCCCGUCGUCCGCGCCAAGAGGACCAGAAUGGGUGGCGAUGGGGGAGGCCGGGCAGGAGGCGAUGGAGCUCGUGGUCGCACUCACCGCGUGUGCCGACUCCCUCGCCGCCCGCAACCACGACACCGCCAACUACUACAUGGCGCGGCUCGGCGAGAUGGCCUCGCUGACGAACCGCGUGGCCGCCUACUUCGCCUCCGGAGGGCGCCGGCCGGAGGCGGGGCGGUCCGGAUUCGUCGGCCGGCGGCGGCGGCAGCAGGGGGGCGGCGGAGCGACGGCAGCAGGGGGGCGGCGGAGCGACGGCAGCAGGGGAGCAGGAGAGCGGCGGCAGCAGGGGGGCAGCAGGGGAGCGGCGGCAGAAGGGGGAAGGCUUGUCUUUUUUUUUUGA